AUGUCGACGCCCACGACGGCCGUGGUCACCUUCCCUCACUACCACGACGCUCACGCUCACGCCCACGGCAACCACUCGCACCAUCACAGCUGGCAGGGUCACCACUCGUCGUUCACAACAACAAAUUAUCGCUCCACAGCUGCCAAUUCUUUGCUACACCAGUGCAACUCGUCCGUGCCUGAAUCAUCAUCUUCAUCGAGUACGGCACGCCUCCGGCCCUUCUACCAGUCCGGAAGCUGUAUGACCGGCUACCCUUCAUCGGAUGGCAUAACCCAAAACCAUCCGCCCCAAUCAGCGCCGGCGCCCCCUCCUCACGGCGGCCACUACAUACAUCGCAGCCAUAUUGAACCGUCCACUCCAACGACACCGAGAUUUCGUACCGAUCAUAAUUAUUCAUCCACAUCCGCCAUGGCCAGUGCAACGGCUACCACUACUGCCACGGCUGCUGCGAGACAUGGGAUUGCUGACCAUCUCUCACGGAAACGCCGCCGCGAACCCGACUGGAAUACUUUUUAUCAAAAUGGCCUUCCCAAGGAAAUCAUCGUCAUUGACGAUAGCCCUGACCCAGAGGCCUCUACUGACCGAAAAUUGACAUCAUCAGGUACAGGUGGCCAUACUUCUGCGUGUGCCAUAUCACAUGAGACGAAUUUUACCACCAGUCACCUUGUAAAGCGAAGACGGCGGGAUGACGCUGCUCCCGGCUAUCACAUACAAUAUGUGGGCUCUCGCACAAACACACCAAGGCAAAAUGCAACGCUCAACGACUCUACUCUCUCCAGUGAUCGCACUAACUCGGUUCACAAUACUACGGCACCGACCUCUCUUACAUCCAGCAUCCACUACGAAGACGCACCCGCUCCUUUGAAGCGGAAACGGACUACCCGCCGACAAGCUGCCAAUGAGGCAAAACGUCGGGUCAUUGAUGUCCUCGGUGGCCCAUGCCUCACGUACAAGCCACCUCCAUUUCCCCCCAAAAAGGUCGCCGAAGUCCACGUCCGAGUCGUACAUGACCACUACUCAAAAAGGAAAGCCGAUGAUGACGACGGCCACUACAUAGUCGUUCCUGAUAAAAUAACUCGCCUUCUUGGCCAAGGAACUUUUGGUAAAGUAGUCCAGGCGCACGACCGGAAGCGAAAUGAGGCUGUUGCCGUUAAAAUCAUUCGAUCUGUACAAAAAUACCGUGAUGCAUCAAGGAUUGAACUCCGAGUACUAGCUACUCUUAAGGCUAAUGAUAACGAAAAUAAAUAUCGGUGCAUACAUCUGAGGGACACCUUUGACUACCAGGGUCAUAUUUGCAUUGUUAUGGACCUGCUAGGCCAGAGCGUCUUUGACUUCUUAAAAGGCAAUGGCUUUGUGCCCUUUCCCAACAGCCAAAUUCAAAACUUCGCUCGCCAAUUAUUUACCAGUGUAGCCUUUCUACAUGACCUAAAUUUGAUACAUACCGAUCUCAAGCCGGAGAACAUCCUCCUAAGAGACGACAAGUAUCAGGCAUUUACUUAUAACCGGAAAAUCCCCUCAUCUUUAACCACUAUUAACCGGCAGGCCUCGCAACGGCGAGUGUUAUUAAACACCGAAAUUCGGUUGAUUGACUUUGGAUCUGCGACGUUCCAGGAUGAAUAUCAUUCCUCCGUGGUAUCAACUAGACAUUAUCGAGCUCCAGAAAUUAUCCUAGGCUUAGGAUGGUCAUUCCCUUGUGAUAUGUGGAGUAUUGGCUGUAUCCUAGUGGAGUUCUUUACUGGCGAUGCAUUAUUCCAAACACACGAUAAUCUCGAACAUCUGGCGAUGAUGCAGGCCGUCAUUGGCUCGAGGAUAGACAGCCAUCUUGUGCAGACCGUGAACAAGAUGUCUACAAGGAGCGGUGGGAAUCCUGCAUCCAAAUACUUUAAACGCCUCAAGCUAGACUAUCCCACCUUAGAAACGACACGAGGAUCUAGGAGAUUUGUUAAGUCUAUGAAACGCCUCGAGGACAUUAUCCCAUCAAAUAAUCAAUUUUUCAAACAUUUCCUCGAUUUACUUCGGAAGAUCUUUCUGUACGAUCCCGCACAACGCAUUACUGCUAAACAGGCUUUGAACCAUCCGUGGUUUAAAGAAAUCCCUCAACCGGACGACGGCACUGAAGCGGCCAAGAUUCGUGAACGACAACAUGGCUGA